UGUCAUUGUAACUUGAGACCAGGCAUUCUGCUGUCAACCUCACAUUAUUGCGCAGACUGUGCCUCGAAGACGGACACACGAUCUUCCAGAUAUUGUUGAAGCUACAAUCAAUUGACAGAUACACAACUCCACAACCUCGGCAACAUGGCCGACACACCAACGCUUCCACCUCCCCUCGAUCCGCGCGAAAAGCCCAUACUCGAAAGUUUGCAGCGGAUACGAGAUGAAUUGACCCUUCUGAAGACCGACAGGACGACAUAUGUCAAGUCUUCAGAUGUCCUUCCUCUCUACGACAAAGUGGUUGAUCAAGUCGAAUUACUCAACGACGUUCGAAUCGAUAAGCCGCAGGAGACAAAUCAAGGUUGGGCAAAGUUGAGCCAUGUGAAGUCUACAGCGCCACUAACUCGAAUAACUGUAGUUGACAGAGUCCUGGACGGGUGCUUCCAGCUGCUGUCUCUAUUCUUCAUGACCAUUGGGCGAAAUAACGAGGCUCCUGCUGCCUACGCCUUAAGCUCAACGAUAAAACGACUGCUCGACCACUUGACCGAGGUAGAUUUAUACUCCGCCAAAGACCUCGUUCACCUCUCAAGUACUCUCGAGAAACUCAGAGUUAUUGUCAAGAACGCAGACGGAACAUAUUCGGAGAAGCUCAUCACUCUCCUCGCGAACAGAAUCGAAGUAUGCCAGGGAUUGUUGUCAAAUCUCCAAAGCAGACUUGACCGAUUAGGCGGAGACCUACCAUCGACACACGAGAAACUGAUAUCCAUUCUUCGCUCUAUAUCGCUGGCAAAUACGAAAACGAAGUUCUCAACAUCGGAAGUCCAGAAGUUGCAGGCCCAAGCAAAAGAUAUCGACGCACAAAGGGUUGAUGGAAAUUUCGCGACGGCCGCUGGAGAGGUGCCAGUUGGUAACGACGUUGUCUGUGCACUCCUCAACAAGUGCUUGAUGUGGUCAGGAACUGUUCUUGAACGGAAAGGAGAGAUGCCCGAACCCUUCAGAGAGAGGUACCAAGUACUAGUUGACAUCAGAAAUAAGCUUGAGAAGCUCUCUCUGACGCAGGCUUGGUCCUUACGCGAGACUGAUUUAUACGAUUACCAAAGACAAUUGGACAAAAUUGAUGAAAGCCGAGUCGACGGCAAUUUCGUUGAUGCAGAGGGAAAGUUUGCUGAGCUUUAUGUCCAAAGAACAUUCCUAUAUUUGAUCAGACGAAGUUAUGCAUACAUCUACUACCUCAUGGUCUCGUCCGAGCCUGUUUCUGAAGCCCUCCUGCCAGUGUACAAUCAACUUCAGACUCUGAGACGAUGUCUUAUUGAAGUAAAAAACUCCGGAGGGGUCACUUCACCAAGAGAGCUGUACCCUUACAGCAUGAAGCUCAAUUCUAUUGACAACAUGAGAGUUGAUGGCAAAUUCAUGGUUGGAGAUGAUGUACCAGAAGGGCAAGGCAGUGUGAAUGAUUUACUAGCGGAAUGCUUUGAACUCAGUUACGAUCUUCGAGUGGCUGCUGAGUCGGAGAAUGAACCAGAGGAAUAGGGUAACUUUCUGAGGGUGGCGUUCGGCUCCCACAGCGGAGGCGUUACGGGAUCUGCUCUUUUGAAUUUGCUAUAGCCUUAGCAUGGCUGUAAGAUAUCCGUGGGCCGGUAAUUGGAUCUGAAGGGAGACCUGAGAGGGGAUGUGGGGUUCCGUGCGAUCGCGGUACGGUAGAUGCAGCGCAGAGAAAGAGCAAUGAAGCCGGGUGCGGCCAAAAUUGCUACAGUAAUGGGAAAUCGAGCCGAUUUUCUUGCCCAGUCAACAACUUCCAAAC